CAAGAUACAGAGAGAGAAAGAGAGAGAAAGAAGCACUGUGUGUGUGUGUGUGAAAUAUAGAAAGGAAACAAAAAACCCACUUCAGAUCUACUGAUCUCUCUCUUCUCAAACACAUUCUUGAUUAUUUUCACAAGCAUUUCAUGUAAAACCUCUAAAAAUAGCAAAAUAGCUCCAUUUUAGUUCAAUUUCAGUUCACAUUACAUCCACUCUGUUUAACUCACUGCCACGUGUCUCCUUCUCAGCUGCAUGGUCAUUUUCCGGCAAGAUUCGCCGGAGCUUCAUAACUGAGCUCCGGCGAGAGUUUGGGGUGUGUUUUUGUUACAAUGUGUUAAAUUGAGGGGUUAAAAGUGAAUAAAAUAAAAUGUUUAAGUCUUCAAGAUGGAGGAGCGAAAAGAACAAGAUCAAAGCUUUAUUCAAAUUGCAAUUUCAUGCAACUCAGUGUAAUGGUUAAUUUGUAUAGGUGUCACAAGUAUUAGGAGAUGCAUUAAUGGUAUCUGUGGUCCCUGCUGAUGUUGGAAAGGCAACGGUAAGAUCAGAGAAGGCAACGGCUCGUGAUGGGAGCUGUUACUGGGAGAAUGCAGUUUUCGAAACUGUGAAAUUUGUUCGAGAGCCAAAGUCGGGGAAGAUUCAUGAGAGGAUCUAUAACUUUGUUGUGGGAACUGGUUCUUCAAAAGCUGGAUUAGUUGGCGAAGCUUCGAUUGAUUUUUCGAGUUAUGCAGAUGCAAAUAAGGUGUCCUUGGUGUCUCUUCCUCUAAGAAAUUCUAAAUGUGAAGCUGUGUUGCAUGUUUCAAUACAGAGGAUUCAAGAUUCUGCUGAUCAAAGUGUUGUCGAAGAAAUCGAAAAUGCACAACUUAAUACUCAGGACAAAAGCUUGAGAUCACAAUUAAGCAAUGGCGAUUUUGAAGAAAUACUUGAAGACAAUCCUAUUGAGGAUGAUCUUACCAAUAAACCCGUAUCACAAAAUGGUAGAAAUAAUGGCAACUUCCGGACAUCAAGCGAAUCUGAUAUUACCCUGUCCAGUUCUGGAAGCAGCUCCGGGCUUGAUACACCCUCUGAAGUCCCAUUGAAGAACAACACGGGCCAUCACGAGCAGAUAAACUUUCCAUCCUCUCUGAAUCAUCAUGUUUUGGUUCCCCAGAAGCAAAAUAGCAAUAUCUCAACAACAACAGUUCCUGAAGAAAGUCCAGAUGUACAAUGGGAGUGGACGGAUGUUGACAAGCUCAAAACAGAGCUCAUGGCUAUGGCUAGGCAGGCCGACAUGACAGAUUUGGAACUACAGACUCUUCGGAAACAGAUAGUCAAGGAGAGCAAAAGGGGACAGGACCUAUUAAAAGAGGUAGCUAGCUUGAAAGAGGAACGAGAUUCUUUCAAGGAAGAAUGCGAUAAACUUAAAGCCUCACAGAGACGUAUGGAUGAGACAAGGUCCAAAGACAGGUUGCUUUAUGACAAUGGAGAUAUUCAGGCUCUUGUAGAUGAGCUUAGGCAAGAGCUGAAUUACCAAAAGGACCUUAAUGCCAAUCUUCAGAUACAACUUCAGAAGACGCAAGAAUCAAAUUCUGAACUAAUUCUUGCUGUCCGUGAUCUAGACGAGAUGUUGGGACAGAAAAACCAAGAAAUCACUAACCUAGCCAACAAAUCGAUGACCCCCGAUGAUGCUGAAAAGUUUCCGGAUGUUAUCUCCAACUCCAAGCAUGAAAUGACUGAUGAAGAUGAUGAAGAGCAAAAAGCACUUGAGCAGCUUGUGCGAGAUCAUACCGAUGCCAAGGAAACACAUGUGCUAGAGCAAAAAAUCAUGGACCUACAUGGCAAAAUCGAGAUCUACAGAAGAGACAGAGAUGAGUUAGAGAUGCAGAUGGAGCAACUUGCGCUUGACUAUGAGAUACUGAAGCAAGAAAACCAUGACAUUUCGUACAAAUUGGAGCAAAGUGAGCUACAGGAACAAUUGAAGAUGCAGUAUGAAUGUUCCUCUUCAUAUGCCUCUGUAAGUCAACUGGAAUCCCAGAUCGAGAGCUUGGAGAAUGAGCUGAAGAAGCAAUCUGAAGAACUCUCCGACUCCUUGGUCACGAUUAGUGAACUCGAAGCUCAAGUGAGGAACUUGGAGGAAGACCUUGAAAAGCAAGCCCAGGGAUUUGAAGCUGAUUUAGCGGCGCUUACUCUUGAUAAAGUUGAACAGGAGAAGAGAGCUAUAAAAGCGGAAGAAGCCUUGAGGAAGACGAGAUGGCAAAAUGCUAGCACAGCAGAGCGGCUUCAAGAGGAAUUUAAACGGCUCUCUGUCCAAAUGGCAUCCACUUUUGAGGCUAAUGAAAAAUUGGCUAGCAAAGCGCUGAAUGAAGCUAAUGAAUUCCGCUUAGAGAAAAUGCACCUUGAAAAUAUGCUCCGGAAAUCGUCCGAGGAGCUUCAGUCAAUCAAAGACCAUUAUGAAGUUAAGGUUUUCGAGCUUUCCAGCCAGGUGAGUAAAAUGUCAGGUCAAAUAGAAAAGUUGCAGACAGAAGUUGAAGAAAAAUCAACCCAAAUAGAGAGACAAGAAGAGCUUGCCAAAGAAAGUCAGCUGCACCUUUCGCAGAAAAUUAUAAUCCUUGAAGCCGAGAUUGAAAAUCUUCUAACAGACAAGAAAAUAUCUCCUGAUCAUGAAGAACAGAAGAAUAGCCUGAUGGCAGAAAUGGACAAGCUGAGGACAUCAAUUAAAAAUAUGGAAAUGCUUGUCGAACAAGGUCAAAAUGAAAGAAGUAAAAUGGAGACUAAGCUUGCAUUAGUGAGAAAAGAAGCCGAGGAAUCUCUUAUGGAAUUAAACAAUAUGAGGUCUCUUAAGGAUGAGAAGGAGGCAUUAGCCGGGAAACUGCAUGCAGAAGUAGAUAACCUUAAGUCCAGGUGCAAUGAGAUGAAAAGGAUGUUGUUUGAGGACGAGGUGGAGAAAGAAAAAUUGAAAAAACAGGUGUCUCAAUUAAAAGGUGAUCUGAAGAAGAAAGAGGAUGCAUUUAAUGGUCUAGAUAAAAAGCUCAAGGAUGCUAAUGGUCGAUUAAUAGCUUCUAAUGGAAUGAAAACAACAUCAAGGAACAGCAAAUCCAUGCCCACAUCUGCUGGCUCAAGAGAGGUUGCAGGUCUUAAAGAGAAGAUUAAGUUGCUUGAGGGUCAAAUCAAGCUGAAAGAAAGUACACUUGAAAUCUCAACAAAUUCAUUUUUGGAGAAGGAAAGAGAUCUUCAAGACAAAAUAGAGGAGUUAGAUAGAAGACUAGAAGAACUCAGUCAGAAUGCAGAAAGGCUCUCUGAACAAGAGUCCCGAAAGGUGAUUGAAGAAGUUCUAAGUCCAGGAUCUACGAUGUUUGCAGAAGAUGAAAAUCCCUGUCAAAUGUUGACAAGGAAGAGCUGCAAUGUUUGUUCACUUGACAAGGAAAUUGAAGCCUCAGCAUCUAAUACAAGACAUCUCGAGGAAUUGUCCAGCGAAAUUGAACUCCUGAGGGAGAGAAACAAGGUAAUGGAAGAUGAACUGAAGGAAAUGCAAGAGAGAUAUUCAGAAAUAAGCCUCAAGUUUGCUGAGGUAGAAGGAGAAAGACAACAGCUUGUAAUGAAAUUGCGAAGACGCUAAAAAGAGAACCUAUGAGGCAGUUCCAGGGAGAUGAUGAAACCAGGUUUUUUCUGCCAGAAUAUUAAAUGUGAAUUGUACCAAAAAGAAAAAGAAAAUUUAAAAUAAAUGUAUAUUGGUGAGAUAUUUUUCUCUUUUCCCAUUUUUUUAUAUUUUGUCUGUAGCAUAUAGUGUUUGACUUUAGCUCUGCAUAUUAUACAAGAAUGUAAAGUAGUUCACCAAAUAGGUUAUAUGUCUCACUUACAAGUUGUGUAAGAGUACUUUCAGUUGUUUCUGUGAGUAGUGACUGGCAAUGUCUUCUGUUUAUGAAUAGAUGUUUUCUUUUCUU